AUGCUGACUACUUUUGCGGUACUCGCUUCUGCUUUUGCGUCGGCGGUGGCGCAUGCCACGUUCCAAGAGAUGUGGGUCAACAAUGUUGACCAGGGCUCGUGGUGUGUUCGGCUGCCUCAGUCGAACUCUCCUGUUACGGACGUCAGCAGUACAGAUAUUGCUUGCAACGUCAACCCUCAUCCGGCUUCUGGUCUCUGUAGCGUGAAUCCCGGUGAUUCUGUCACCGUUGAGAUGCACCAGCAACCCAACGACCGGUCUUGCGCCAACGAGGCGAUCGGUGGUGACCACUGGGGCCCCGUCCAAGUUUACAUGGCUAAGGUCGAUGAUGCAGCAAGCGCCGAUGGUGCAUCAGCUAGCUGGUUUAAGAUCUCUGAAAUGGGCUUACCGUCUAACAACCCCGAAUAUUGGGCGACUGAGGUCCUUAACGACAACUGCGGUCACUACACCUUCACUGUUCCUAGCAUCGCACCUGGUCAAUAUCUCCUUCGGGCUGAAGUUAUUGCUCUUCACGUCGCUUCAAGCGUUGGCGGCGCUCAGUUCUACAUGUCUUGCUUCCAACUCAAUGUUGGUGGAUCCGGUUCGGCCAACCCACCGACCGUGAAAAUUCCUGGAGCUUACAGCCCCCAAGACCCUGGUAUCCUCAUCGACAUCUACACUUCUCCUAAGGCUUACACGAUCCCUGGUCCUACCCCGUACGGCACGACCUCUCCGACCGUCGCCACCACUGCAUGGCCCACCGCCGCAACCUGGAACACUGCUGGUCAGCCUGCAACCGUCCCGACGACAGCACCCCCCGGCGCAGCCUCUGCACCGACAGUAUCAAGUCCUGCAGCUCCGACCACGAGUAACCCAGGCACAACUACACAGCCGGCUACGAGCUCCAGUGCAGCAACUCCGACCUCCACUGCUGCCGGCACCGUUCAGCAGUAUGGUCAGUGUGGUGGUAUUGGCUGGACUGGCGCUACUGCAUGCGUUGCAGGUACGACCUGCAAUGUCAUUAACCCUUACUACUCUCAAUGUCUGUGA